AUUUUGAUAUAAAAUUGAAACUGAUAUCCAUUUGUUCUUAUAAUUAUCAGAAUGGAGAAAGAACCACCAAUAAAGCGCUACCGUCGUGAAGAGGAAGAAGAACGAAAAUCUUCCGAAUCCGAUGAAGAAUAUGUCCCAUAUGUACCAGUGAAGGAUAGGAAAAAACAACAGUUGAUGAAGCUUGGCCGUUUAACUCAGGUGAGAAAAAUCUUGACUAAUCAUAUAUUUUACUACUCAGCCAAAAAAGAAAGUGCCAUGGAACGUCAACUGAAAGAAGAAGAGAAAAUUCUAGAAAGCGUUGCUGAAAAGAAAGCUUUGAUGGGUGUAGCUGAAUUGGCCAAAGGUAUUCAGUACGAAGAUCCUAUUAAAACAAGUUGGAGAGCGCCCAGAUGUAUCCUGAAUUUGAGUGAAGAAAGACACGAUCGAGUGAGGCAGAAGCUGCGCAUUCUAGUUGAGGGCGAAGAGGUGCCUCCGCCUUUGAAAUCUUUCCGUGAAAUGAAAUUCCCCAGAGGGAUUUUGGCCGGCUUAGAGGAGAAAGGCAUUGUCAAGCCUACCCCUAUUCAGGUGCAGGGUAUUCCAACUGUGCUAUCAGGUCGUGAUAUGAUUGGAAUAGCUUUCACUGGCAGUGGAAAAACACUAGUUUUUGUGCUGCCAAUUCUAAUGUUCUGUUUGGAACAAGAGACAAGACUACCGUUCAUGAUGAAUGAAGGUCCUUAUGGAUUGAUAAUAUGUCCCUCUCGUGAACUUGCAAAGCAGACAUUCGAUAUCAUUAAUCAUUACAGUAAAAGUCUUCAAAAACAUAGAGCUCCAGAAAUAAGGUCAUGUCUAGCCAUUGGAGGUAUUCCGGUAUCAGAAUCACUGGAAGUCAUAAAUAGAGGAGUUCAUAUUAUGGUUGCCACCCCUGGACGGUUGAUGGACAUGCUUGAUAAGAAGAUGGUGCGGCUUGAUGUAUGCAGGUAUCUGUGCAUGGACGAAGCCGAUCGUAUGAUUGAUAUGGGUUUCGAAGAAGAUGUUCGAACAAUAUUUUCGUUCUUCAAGGGUCAAAGACAGACACUUUUGUUCUCAGCAACUAUGCCGAAGAAGAUCCAGAACUUCGCCAGAUCGGCGCUGGUGAAGCCUGUCACCAUCAAUGUUGGAAGAGCUGGAGCCGCCUCAAUGAAUGUCAUCCAGGAAGUCGAAUAUGUAAAGCAAGAAGCGAAAAUAGUUUACCUACUGGAGUGUCUGCAAAAGACGACUCCACCGGUUCUUAUCUUUGCUGAGAAAAAGCAAGAUGUCGACGCAAUCCAUGAAUAUUUGCUAUUGAAGGGAGUUGAGGCUGUUGCAAUUCAUGGAGGCAAAGAUCAGGAGGAACGUUCAAGAUCAGUUGAAGCGUUCAGGAAAGGCCAUAAAGAUGUUCUCGUCGCCACAGAUGUUGCAUCCAAAGGAUUGGACUUCGCCAACGUUCAACAUGUCAUCAAUUAUGACAUGCCAGAUGACGUUGAAAAUUAUGUUCACAGAAUCGGACGUACUGGACGCUCGGGAAAAACCGGAAUCGCCACAACAUUCAUCAAUAAAGCAAAUGAUGAGUCUGUACUACUUGACCUGAAGCAUCUUCUGAUGGAAGCCAAACAAAAAGUACCUCCCUUCCUGGCCGAGUUGCAAUCCGAAAAUGAGAAAUACUUGGAUCUUGGAGAUGAGAGAGGGUGCAGUUACUGUGGCGGUCUUGGACACAGAAUCACCGACUGUCCAAAACUGGAAGCUAUCCAGAACAAACAGGCGUCAAAUAUUGGCAGACGAGAUUAUCUUGCAAGCAACGCUGCUGACUAUUAGGUUUACUUAGUUUUUAAAGUCAUCGACCACGUCAAAGUCAUGAUUGUACAAAAUUUUGUAUUUUCCAAAAUGAACUGCUUAUGUCCUGGAGGAUCCAUGAUAAGUUGUGGACCUAUCAAUUCCUGGAGAAUCUAUCUGAUCUAGUUGUCGUCUGAUAAGUUAUUGUAUUCCGAAAUGAAAGUUGGAAACAGACAGACUGCAACACAACGGAAUAAUUUAUUCAAUUCUAGUGAAAAGUUGAUUGUUCAGCGUAUUAAAUUGAAAAUACAUCAUAUUAUAAUUGUGAUAGAAUACUAUAUUUUUCAUGUAAAUAAAAUAAUAUCUAUAAACAAUUGAA